AUGCCUCGUGAACCCCGACCACCCUUGAAAGUGCCCGAGUCCUAUUCCUCGCUUCCACUUGAACAUGUCAAAGUUUCGAAUGUGCCUGCUUCAUCUCCGACUGUGACACCUGUGAUUUUGGUUACCUUGAAUAGACCACAAAAACACAAUGCUUUCACAGAUCUUAUGCGAGAGAAUCUCGAACGAGUGUACGAGCUCGUGGACAUUGAUCCCCGGGUCAAAGUGGUCGUCUUGACCGGCGCAGGGAGAAGCUUCUGUGCAGGAGCCGAUCUGGAGAUCGGCUUUUUGGGAGCAAAAGAUGAAAAUGGACAUAUCAGGAGGCCCAAGACGGAACGCGAUGUUGAUCAUAGAGAUGGCGGCGGGAGAGUGUCUCUAGCAAUACAUCACUGUUCCAAACCAACCAUUGCUGCAAUUCAAGGGGCAGCCGUGGGGGUGGGCAUUACCAUGAGCUUGCCGGCUUGUAUACGGGUUGCAUACGCAAAGGCAAAAGUCGGCUUCGUGUUCAGCAGACGAGGAAUCAUCAUGGAAGCCUGCUCUUCCUACUUCCUCCCCCGGUUAAUCGGGCACUCACGAGCAUUACACUUGACCACUACGGGUUCGGUGUACCCGGCAGACCAUCCACUGUUUGGUUCUCUGUUCUCCGAGACGUGUUCAAGUCCAGAAGCUACAUUGACUCGAGCGCUCGAACUGGCCGAUGAGAUUGCAAAAAAUACCUCUACAGUCUCAACAAAGCUGAUGCGGGAGCUGAUGUACAGGGGCCCCGAUAGUGCCGAGGGAACACAUCUUCUCGACUCAAGAAUCCUCCAUGGUUUGUUUGGCAGCAAGGACAAUUUGGAAGGGGUGGAGAGUUUCCUCCAAAAAAGACCGGUCAACUUUACGGGUCAAGUACCGCAGGACACGCCAGACUGGUAUCCUUGGUGGCAGCAGGUCGAUAUUGGCGAGAAAGAAGGAGACAUCAGAGAAAGGGAGUCUAAACUGUGA